CGGAGUUGCACCAGGGUUUCGCGCCACUGCGGGGGCCAAAAAAAAACCCAGUAACAAAAAUGGAUUGCUAACAUCGCUUCUCCUUUCUUGUCCUUUCUCCCACCUGACGUCAUGCUCAAUGUCUCGCAAUAGUUUUUAACCCAACAAAAAUGAGGAUUUCUUGUCGUCGUCUUCUGCUGGUCUUCUCUUGCGUUUGGGGUCUCACUAUGGGCGCCUUUCCGAGCAGCGUUCAGAUCGGCGGACUGUUUAUCAGAAACACAGAUCAGGAGUACACUGCCUUUCGCUUGGCCAUAUUUCUGCACAACACGAGCCCCAAUGCGUCGGAGGCACCCUUUAACCUGGUGCCCCACGUGGACAACAUCGAGACGGCCAACAGCUUCGCCGUGACCAAUGCCUUCUGCUCACAGUACUCAAGGGGCGUGUUUGCCAUUUUCGGCCUGUAUGACAAGCGCUCCGUACACACGCUGACGUCAUUCUGCGGAGCACUCCACAUCUCCCUCAUCACCCCCAGCUUCCCCAUCGAGGGCGAGAGUCAGUUUGUCCUGCAGCUGAGACCCUCCAUACGGGGGGCACUGCUCAGCAUCCUGGACCACUAUGACUGGAACCGUUUUGUCUUCCUCUAUGACACCGAUCGGGGAUAUUCCAUCCUGCAGGCCAUCAUGGAGAAAGCAGGCCAGAAUGGCUGGCAGGUCAGCGCGAUCUGCGUGGAGAACUUCAAUGACGCCAGCUACCGACAGCUCCUAGAGGACCUGGACCGUAGGCAGGAGAAAACAUUUGUGAUAGACCUGGAACCAGAGAGACUUACUAACAUGCUGGAGCAGAUUGUGAGCGUCGGCAAGCAUGUCAAAGGCUACCAUUACAUCAUGGCAAAUUUGGGCUUUAAAGACAUCAAUCUGGAGCGUUUCAUGCAUGGUGGGGCGAAUGUGACAGGUUUUCAGCUAGUGGACUUCAGCAAUCCCAUGGUGAUUAAGCUCCUGCAGCGUUGGAACAAGCUGGACCAGCGCGAGUACCCUGGCUCUGACAGCCCGCCCAAGUACACCUCCGCUCUGACAUACGACGGUGUGAUGGUGAUGGCGGAAGCCUUCAGGAAUCUACGCAGGCAGAAGGUGGACAUCUCCCGCAGGGGCAACGCUGGAGACUGCCUGGCAAACCCUGCAGCCCCCUGGAACCAGGGUAUUGAUAUGGAGCGGACACUCAAACAGGUCCGGCUCCAAGGAUUAACAGGAAAUGUCCAAUUCGACCACUACGGACGCAGAGUCAACUACACCAUGGAUGUGUUUGAGCUGAAAAACAACGGCCCCAGAAGAAUUGGCUAUUGGAAUGAUGCUGAUAAGUUGGUUCUGAUCCAGGAUCAAGCCUUGCUUCCAAACGAAACCUCUGGCAUGGAGAACAGAACUGUAGUUGUGACAACCAUCAUGGAAGGACCUUAUGUGAUGCUGAAGAAAAACUGGGAGAUGUACGAAGGUAAUGACAGGUAUGAGGGAUACUGCGUGGAUCUGGCCUAUGAGAUCGCCAAACACAUUGGCAUCAAAUACAAGAUCUCUAUCGUGCCAGACGGAAAGUAUGGAGCUCGGGACCCGGAGACCAAGAUCUGGAACGGCAUGGUUGGGGAGCUGGUGUACGGGAAAGCGGAAAUCGCUGUGGCCCCAUUGACUAUCACCCUGGUCCGGGAGGAGGUCAUUGACUUCUCAAAGCCCUUCAUGAGCUUGGGCAUCUCCAUCAUGAUCAAGAAGCCUCAAAAGUCCAAGCCGGGCGUGUUCUCCUUCCUGGACCCGCUGGCCUACGAGAUCUGGAUGUGCAUCGUGUUCGCCUACAUCGGCGUGAGCGUGGUGCUCUUCCUGGUCAGCCGCUUCAGCCCGUAUGAGUGGCACACCGAGGAGCCCGAGGAGGGCACCGACGGUCCGCCCAGUGACCAGCCCCCCAACGAGUUCGGGAUCUUCAACAGUCUCUGGUUCUCCCUAGGAGCCUUCAUGCAGCAGGGCUGCGACAUUUCACCCAGGUCACUGUCUGGCCGCAUCGUGGGAGGUGUGUGGUGGUUCUUCACCCUCAUCAUCAUCUCCUCCUACACGGCCAACCUGGCGGCCUUCCUCACUGUGGAGAGGAUGGUGUCGCCCAUUGAGAGUGCUGAAGACCUGGCCAAGCAAACAGAAAUAGCAUACGGCACUCUAGACUCAGGCUCCACCAAAGAGUUCUUCAGGAGGUCAAAGAUCGCUGUAUAUGAGAAAAUGUGGGGCUACAUGAAGUCGGCCGAGCCCACGGUGUUCACUAAGACCACAGCAGAGGGUGUGGCUCGGGUGAGGAAAUCGAAAGGGAAGUACGCCUUCCUGCUGGAGUCCACCAUGAACGAGUACACGGAGCAGCGCAAGCCCUGCGACACCAUGAAGGUCGGAGGCAACCUGGACUCCAAAGGCUACGGAGUGGCCACGCCCAAGGGCUCACCGUUAAGAAGUGCAGUUAACCUGGCAGUUUUAAAACUGAAUGAACAAGGCCUGUUGGACAAAUUGAAAAACAAGUGGUGGUACGACAAAGGAGAGUGUGGCAGCGGAGGAGGUGGUGAGAAGGACAAGAGCUCCCAGGCCCUCAGCCUCAGUAAUGUGGCUGGGGUCUUCUACAUCCUGGUGGGGGGCCUGGGCCUGGCCAUGCUGGUGGCCCUCAUCGAGUUCUGCUACAAGUCGCGAAACGAGGCCAAGAGAAUGAAGCUGACCUUCACUGAAGCCAUGCGGAACAAGGCUCGACUGUCAAUCACGGGGAGUGUUGGCGAGAAUGGGCGUGUCCUGACCCCUGACUGCCCUAAAGCUGUCCACUCUGGCCCCUCCCUGCGACAGAGCUCCGGACUGGCUCUGGUUUCAUCCGACUUGCCGUGAAAACCAAAAACGAUCAAGUGCCUUAAAAAUUUCCACAGAACCACGAAUAGCAGAACAACCAACCCAAACAGCAACAACAGUAUCGAGGUGAGCAAUCACCGUGACCAAUUUUUAGAAGGAUGAUCAGGGGGCCCUUCGGCUGCUUCAUACACUGAAAAACACUGGGGGAAAGGAUACAGAUUCACUGUGGGGUCGCAAUGAGAUAUGCGAGAGAUAUUUUCAGCACAGACAGCAACACGUCUGCAACCACCGCUUGCAGCCUCUGUAAAGAACUUGUGCUCAGGGAUGCACAAGCAGGAGCUAAAGAAGAGGACAAAGAGGGUAAGAGGACCACUAAACUGUAAUUCUGAAACACGACUUGACUUGAAUCGUUUGGCAAAACGCUUGUUCUAAUACCUGGCCAAACUAAAGCAUUGAGACAUAAAUCUCAAUAUGGAUAGCUAAUAUGGGCAUUCGAAUGUCCAAGAGGGUUUCUAUUGUAACAUGAAUAAUAAUAAUUCAAACAGUAUUAAUGAUACGUACUAAAAAACUGUGAAGAAAAGUAAAUGUAUAUUCUAUAAAAUUAUAACUGAAAAAAAUUAUUUACAUUGCUCUGUAAAUAGAAAUGAAGACUGUACAACUCGCUUGCUUUUUAAACAAAUGUAAAUAGCUGAUUCUGUAGUGGACAAAGUAUAAUUCUCUUUUAUAACCAUCUUUAGAAAAGAAUUCAUUGCAAUAAUGAAUAGAAAAUUGUGAAGAAACAAAAAAAUAAAAAUGGUUUAUUUAUAUAGACUUACAGUGUGUGAAAAUCUAUAAAGUGAAAACAAUGGGCAUGUUAUCAACUGCAGUGAAAAAGUGCUCAGCUGAAUCUGGGGGAAGGGCAGUUCUAUGAUAUAUCUGAAUAAAAGCCCUUCCCCUGCACCAUGCCCUGCAUACUCACUGUGCAGUUGUAGACCAUGGAACUUCUAGACUGUUUUAUUUUCCUCAGAAACAGACUUUAUUUUUUUUAGUUUACGUGGUUGGUCGAAUCACACAUGACAGUUGUUCAUGUCUGAAUUUUUUCAGUAGUUUACUAUUUCAGUGUCUGACCGUUUCAUUUUAGAGCAGCCAUGUGUUCAUGAAUGAAAUAACGAGAAUAUAUAUGUGGGUGGUAGGAAUUCUUAUGUUAAACAUGAUACAGGAAACAACUUUUCACUGAAGCUACUUUAUCAACUAAAAAAACAUAAAACGCGACAAAAAAGAGGGACAUGUAUAGAAAAGAAAACUCUGAAGACACUGUCGAGAGCCAUGGUCAGAGCCCAGCUUUGGCCUUUUCUACAAAACACUGUGUAACCUCAACCAGGCCUUUGAGCAUGUUCUCCUCCAGAACCUGUAGCAAUGGAGCCAUCUCCAGCCAGAGGAAUGAAUCCGUCCGCACAGGACGCUGGACUUUACGAGACAUCUGGACAUAAAGGACAAUGAAAGGACAUAAAGGCUUCAGGGCACCACAGUGGGACACUGACCUAUCCUCUUCAACCGACUACUGCCCAAACCUCCUUCAGAUCCACAUUUUACCUUACAAAGUGCAAUUUCUGCUCUGUUUUUAUGUUCAGAUGAAAGGCAACUACACAUACACCUCCAUAAACACAAAACCUCUCUCUGUAUUUCUCACAAUCUGCUUUUCUGUCUCUUUGUCAGUCUUUUUUCUGCUUCUUAAAUAGAGACAUGGAGCCCUCUAAAUGAAUCUACAAUAACACUUCCUAUAAAUGCUGUGUAUGUGAUACAUUAGAAAUUAUUAAGUAAGUACUUAUUACUAAAUACUUAGAGUUAAACACAUACCACAUUAUAAAGCAGGAAUAUGAUGCAUUAUGAAGACCAAUUACAUAAUAAAUAUGCUAUUAACAGUAAAUUACAAUAGUAUUGGAAUCAUAAAUGUUGCAUUGUAACUCAUGCUCUGGUUUUCUAUGUCUGAUUUGGGCGUAUGUUAUGAUGUAUUAAAAUAUAUGACUUUGGUUUGUCGUAGGACGUAAUAAAGCGUUUUUCUUUAAGAUCUAAUAAUGUAAGAUCUGAGAAUUUCCCAGUAUUAAUAAUGCACUGGAAACACUGCAGCGUAUGUUAUCAAACUGUUAAUGAACAAUAUUCUGUAACUUGUUUCAAAGGCUUUAUAUUCCUGCUUAUUAAUGUGUCGUGUACAUACUCAUGUAGCUGUAAGUGCUUUUAAUGGCUACGCCAUUCAUUACAAUUCAUGCCACAUAUUAUUAAAUGUCGUCAAGUUGCUUCUGACUCCCGGAAAAGUGAUGUCAGUUUCAAGCAUUCUCCACAAUAUCCUGUCUUCUGUAUGGGUUUUUAGGCUUCUCUUUAGGAUCUGUUCAUCCUAAUCUAAGCAUGACUGUCCUUUUCAAUGAAUUGUUGCUUCUCAUAUGUUCAGACUACAGAGUUUCAGUUUGGUUAAGUGGGAUAAGAGUGAGAGGUGAGGUUUGAUUUGGUCACAAAUCUAUUAGUUUGUUUUCCUUGCUGUCCAAGGUACUCUCAAAGUCUUCACCAACACCAAAGUUCAAAGGCAUCAGUAUUUUACCUGUCCUGCUUUUUAUUGUCCAGCUUUCACAUCCAUAAAGAACCACAGAAAAGACCACAGCCUGGACAGUCUUCACCUUUCUUUGUAGAUGCACAUCAAUACAUUAGAAGAUCUUUUCCAGAUCCUUCAUCCUUGUCCUGCUGAGUGCCAGUCUGUGUUGUAUUUUGACUGAUAGAUCCUUUGUUAUUAAUAAUUGAUCCAAGUAAGCAAAAGCUGUCCACCACUCCUACAUCUUCACCAUCAAUGCAUUCAUAAUGUAUUUCGUAUACAGUAUUCACAGGAAGUGUUGCUUAAUUUAUUCCCUCACAUCAGUUCAAAUCUGAAAAGUAUCAGUAAGCAUGAACAUCUUUUAUAAUUUACCAAUCUCAUAAACCAACCGCAAAACAUUCACAGACAGUCCAAGCACUGCAUCUCUGCAAAAGAUUAUUUACACAGAGCAAAUUUAUGUUGGACUCUGUGCUUAUGAAUGAAAGCUUUCCAUAUAUUAGGGUUCUUUUCUGAAAUGUAAUUUUGUGUAUUAGAGAAAAUGUGCUGGAUCAAGUGCAAUUUUUCCUUUCAUGUAGUAGGGUAGAUGUUGCCAGAAAAUGAGUUAUCAAGCAAAGUUCAGACCCCUGAAAAAGUUGUUUCAGUACUUCAGUACAGUGAGGAAGUUUGUUAUCACCACUUAAAACUCAAAUAGGUACAGCGGCCCUGGUACACAGUGAGAAUCAUUACAUGUCGAGGGGCCAUGAGCUUUGCUCUGUAGCUCUGUAAAGCUCAAAGGAGCUGAGUGUCCUACAUUGGCUAAAAUUGUAAAUAUUUAUUUUGAUCUUCAUUUUUUAGUAAAAUAUUAAUGCCAAA